GUAAGAUAGACGUGGGUUUUCGUUUUUCCGUUUCGUAAAAGGCGCCAUGUUAAUUGGUCAUACUUAAUACAUAUAGAUUUCCCCCUCCCCCCAAUUUUGUCGGCUUUUCACGGAUAAACAGCGAAGGGUAGAUAAGUGUUUGGAAACAUGGACUUGGGCGGGUGUGGACUGUGGAAGGCGGGCUGGUUAUUUUCAGUCUUGCCUCCGUGGCCGCUAGCCACUCCCUUGGUGGCACCCUGUGGGCUGGGUAAGAGUACGGAGGCGGGCUGGGGGCGGCAAUGGCGGAAGAGCGACGACAAGCCUGAGCAGCACAGGGGGAAGGGAACCAGGGAACGGCCCUCAUGUGGGAGGGUUUUUGAAUGAUUCCGGCGUGCAAGGGGGCUGUCAGUGGAGCAGCACAUGUGCUCACAUAAACAAAAGCCAUUACUGUACACCGUCACCGGCUAUAGGCGCAAGAGUCCCACAGGAACUCACGAAAAUAUACCAUCGCGAUAUUUUGGCGCUGCCAAACCAGUAAUAUCGCGAUACGUUGAUUGGCACGGCAAAUUUAUUUAUACAGCGCAUUUCAUACACAAGGUAACUAACUCAAUGUGCUUUAUCAUUUUCACGGUUGGUCAAUAAUCAAAUCAGCUUUAGUUUACAGACUCUGUGUCCAGACAAACACAAUAUUAAAAAAAAAAAAAAAAAAAAACUGAAGAAAUGACACUUUUUUUUACAUUGUUAAAUAAUCAAUGUACAGCUUUUAUAACAUUGUAAACAUACUGUCCCCUCAAAGUAGCAAACCAUUAGUUUCUAAACUGCUGGCAACAAAAGUGAGUACACCCCUACGUGAAACUGUCCAAACUGGAAAAACAAAUCAUACACAUGCCGGCUUGCAAGGAGAGAAGUGAAAGAGGGAGCAAAAAGUGCUGCACCUCUUAAGAUUGGGGACAAUGCCUUGCUCAAGAGCACCUCAACAACAGCCAGGAAGCAGAUUAGCAUCUCUGCAACAGCUACUGCAGUUGCCAUUUUUACAUUUUGUCCACAGCAGGGAAUGAACCGUGACCUUCCAGUUCCAAAGUCCAAGUCCUUACAGAUGAAUUACUGGCGCCCCAUUUGUUCCAUUGAAUUGUAUUAAUUUAUUCCCAGCAAUAUAUUCUCUUUGGAGUUUCUCGGCUACAUUGCUUCCAGUGCAUGUAUGUGCAUUGUAGUUUUUUUUUUCCAAUCAGAUUUCAGCCUCUCUGUGUUGCCAUGCCCAUGCCAGUGUAAUCUGCCCAGAGCCUUCAGAAUGAGUAGUACUGUUUGAUGUAACUUCAACUAUAUUAUAAAUGAGGCUGUUUCUUUAUCCACUUAGAUUCAAAAAUUUGCCUCACAAUAAUGUCAGCAUUUUGCCUUCCUCUGAUUGGUUGGUCAGAGCAAGCCAAGUUCGAUCAGCAAAGCGCAUUUGUGGCAACCUGCACACAUUAAUGCGUUUAAUAAUCCACCUCUGGUGAUUAUGAUGUAUGUUAUUUGAAUUGGUAUGUGUUUUUGUGUUGUUAUUAGAUAAAUAUUGACUCUGAGCCUCUCCAGAUAAUGUACGUGUCACUUUGUUAUCUCUGCAGGAUGUGCGGUGGUGAGCGUCCCACGCGAUGUUUCAGUUUGAGAUGCUUACAGUCACUUCCCUUCUCCGUCUAUUCAAAGUGAUUUGUGACUUGUGGACUGAUGAUUUUUUUUUUUUUAAGAGAAGCGGAAGCGUCCGGAGCAUGCAGCGUGCGAGCUGGGCUAAGAUUGCAAAUAACCUUCAGGUUGUCAACAACUGCUCUGCCUCCAGUGAUGGAAAGCUCGUCCUCCAUUGCCAGGAGGCGAACGUGGGCCAGCGGAGGCCGACAGCGGUCCGACUUGGACGAAGAUGCUUCACACAAAAGACUGAGUUGUUGCUCCAGAACUGCGCACGCAGGCACGCCUUCAUAAGAAACAUUGAGCAAUACUAACUGAAUGCGUGUGUACUGCGUAUGCGUCACGCCAAUGAGCCAAGAUGUGGAUGUGUGUUGCAGGUUGGAGGCUUGCCCGCAAAACAGCAGUCUUAGGGGUUUGGAUUCAACGUUAAAUGGUGGAGAUGUUAUGUCCAAAGCGGGACUUGCAAUGCAUCCUGCCAGCAAGGAGAGAAACAGUGGCCUCGUCAGCAAUGUUCCAGAAGUGCUCCAGUUGCGCUCGGAGGAUGCUGAAGAGAUCUUGUGGCAGUUGGGUUUCGGCUGCGAUGACCCACAGUUCAGUGUGCGCAUCCCCCGUCGCUUUCUCUCCUUCCCCUCUCAAGCUCAGGGUAUCAACUUUCGCCUCUUCCUGGACUCGCAGGUCAGACGGAUACGUGAGGAAGACCCCAGCCUGUGCAUAGCAAGUCGUUUCAGACAAGUCCAAGCGCUGACUGCAAUGGCCAACGCGUUCUGCUCGCUGUACUCGCACGUGUCGCGGACCCCCCUUCGCAAACUCAGGUCACCGCAGUUCACUUUCACCGUGUCGUCGCCCGCCGUGAGCCUGGGGAGCAACGUUAGGAGAAACCCGAGGAGCAGCGUGAGGAGCGAGCCGCGCUCUCCCGCCGAGAGGCUGAAGGACACCGUCUCCAUGAUGUGCCUCUACACCUCACCCAGGAGAAAGUCCAGCCUGUCUGAUGUUGGCGAUCCAAUUCCUCAGCAGCUCCAGACUACCAAGACACUGGAUUCGGUGGACGGAAGACAAACGCAUAGAAGCGAAGAAGACAACAGGAUUGCAUCACAAAUGGUAGUAAAAACUCAUCCCAAGCAAAAUCAUAGCGACUCAAUAGGCGAUAAUUUGAAACCUCUUGCCCGGGUAACCUAUGAGGUAAUCAGUCCAGAGAUAGUCGAGCGUGUUCACCGAGCCAACACCUUGCAUCACGUCUUUUUGAAGAUAGACGCCAAAGAUGAGUCAAGCCUUGGUGUUCAAAACAGGUCAAUGACCUCUGAGUCUGCAUCCAGACCACUUCCGGUCCAAACCCCUGCAGUGUCUUCAGAUGAGGGUCAACAUUCAGAUAGCCUCACUGUGAAGCCUCCAAGGUGCAUCGACUACCUCAAAAACUGCAAUAAGGAGAUCUCCUUAGAUUUGGAGGUCUGUAAACCUUUUAAGAGUUUUUAGUGGUGCAAAACCACAAUAACGUGCACACACAUUGUACACUCUACUACACGAUCUAAUGAUGGCCCAACCUUACACCACAUUUCAUGGAGAUCAGUCCGCUUGUCUUGAUGAGGGUCACAGGUGAGCAGGAGCCUAUACCAGCUGAGUUUUGGUGAGAGAAGUGGCAUCCACUCUGGACUAGUUGUCAGUAAAUCACUGGGGACAUCCUUCCAUUUUUUUUUUCAAUACCACAUCCUAAGGCUGCGGGUCAGCCUAGCCCAGCUGACCUUUGGCGAGAGAAGUCGGGUACAACCUGCAUGGGUCUGCCAGCAAAUUGCAUGGUACAUGUAUACAAACAAACAUUCACACUCUCUCUAUCUAUCUGUUAAGAGUCUCACGGCUGUGGUGUCCUUGAGCAAGACACUGAUGUCCCGAAAUGCUCCCCGGGCGCUUCAGCUGCCCCCUGCUCCAGUGUGUUCCACUAACAUGUGUACGUGUUCACUGUGAUGGGUAAAAUGCAGAGAAGAAAUUUCAUGUGCAUGCAUGCAUGUUCAUGACAAUAAAGGUGAUUCUUCUUCUUCUUCUGAGAAUGGUGUGCUUGUUUCUAUUUCGGUGGCUAUUUGGCAUGUCAAGUCUAAGUUGCUAAUUUAAUGUGGCUUCAACUGCACUCAUAUUUAAGUUAUUUUUUUCAUGUUGAUGAAAUCAUUCUGUAACUUGUGUGCCGUAUAUUACCAACGAGUACGGUUAAGCUAAUGCUUUUUUUUUUUUUUUUUGUAACGGUGGAUAAGUGAUAUUCCUGCCACUUGACAGCUGCUGAAAGUAACUACAAAGUUACUUUUUUUCCAAUUUAGUUACUUUCAAAAGCAAGUAAUCAGUAAAGUAACUACUUUUUUUCAAGGUAACGGUGGCAACACUGAUUAUUCACACACACAAAAGGUUAAGUUCUACAGUCUGACUGCU